GGGAUUGGGUGGCGGAAAGGCGGCGGCCGGAAGUGGCGGCGGAGCGGAGACAAUGAGCCAGAAGCAGCGCGGGGACCGGGAGCGGCUGCGGCGGCGGGUCCGGCUGUACCUGGACCAGCAACAAUACCAGAGUGCGCUGUUCUGGGCUGACAAGGUUGCCUCUCUCUCACACGAGGAGCCCCAGGAUAUCUACUGGCUGUCCCAGUGUCUUUACCUCACAGCCCAGUACCACAGAGCUGCUCAUGCUAUUCGAUCCCGCAAGCUCGACAAGUUAUAUGGAGCCUGUCGAUAUUUCGCUGCCCAAUGUCAUUACGCAGCCAAGGAAUAUCAGCAAGCCCUCGACAUUCUGGAUAUGCAGGAACCAAUCAACAAGAUAAUCCUGGAGAAGAGUGCCAAAGAUGACAACAAAGUUAAAGAAGCUUGGAUUGACUGGGGGCUGUCUCCAGCUGCAAUUAAAAGCUCGAUUUGCCUCUUACGAGGAAAGAUCUAUGAUGCCAUGGAUAAUCGACCCCUGGCCACCAACAGCUACAGAGAGGCACUGAAGCUUGAUGUGUGUUGCUUUGAAGCAUUUGACCUAUUGACAUCACACCACAUGCUGACAGCACAGGAAGAGAAGGAGCUGCUUGAUUCGUUACCUUUCAGUAAGCAGUGCACGGAAGAGGAGCAUGAAUUACUGUACUUCCUGUAUGAAAAUAAAUUGAAAAAGUAUAAUAAGCCAAGUGAAACAUUAAUUCCUGAAUCAGUUGAUGGACUCCAGGAUAACCUGGAUGUCGUAGUUUCUGUGGCGGAGAGGAAUUACUACAAUUGUGAUUUCAAGACUUGCUAUAAACUGACUUCAAUGGUGAUGAAUAAAGAUCCUUAUCAUGCAGUGCUGCUUCCAGUGCACAUCGGAGCCUUGGUGGAACUGAACAAGGCAAACGAACUCUUCUACCUUGCGCACAAGUUGGUGGAUUUGUACCCCAAUAAUCCGGUGUCCUGGUUUGCUGUCGGUUGUUACUACCUCAUGGUUGGCCACAAAAAUGAACACGCCAGGAGAUAUCUCAGUAAAGCCACCACCCUGGAGCGAACCUAUGGGCCGGCCUGGAUCGCCUACGGCCAUUCGUUUGCAGUGGAAGGUGAGCAUGACCAGGCCAUGGCUGCCUACUUCACUGCAGCUCAGCUAAUGAAAGGGUGUCAUUUACCAAUGUUGUACAUUGGCCUCGAGUAUGGACUGACCAACAAUUCCAAACUGGCAGAGAGGUUUUUCAGUCAGGCCUUGAGCACAGCACCUGAGGACCCUUUUGUUCUUCAUGAGAUGGGAGUCGUGGCUUUCCAAAAUGCAGAUUGGAAGACUGCCGAGAAGUAUUUUCUAGACGCACUAGAAAAAGUGAGAGCAAUUGGGAAUGAGGUGACUGUUGAUAAAUGGGAGCCAUUAAUGAAUAAUUUGGGUCAUGUUUGUAGGAAACUCAAGAAGUAUGAUGAAGCACUAGAUUAUCACCACCAGGCUCUAGUCCUCAUUCCCCAGAAUGCAUCCACUUAUUCCGCCAUAGGUUACGUACUGAGUCUUAAGAGCAACUUCGAGAGUGCCAUCAACUAUUUUCACACGGCACUGGGUCUCCGUCGAGAUGAUACCUUUUCAGUUACCAUGCUUGGUCAUUGCAUCGAGAUGUACAUUGGGGAUGCAGACGCCUAUAUUGGCACAGAGAUAAAGGAGAAGCUCGGAUGUUAUGAGCUCGAUUUGUCUGCGAUGAAGGCGCCCAUGAUCAAGAAAAUGAUUUACUGCUCCUGGGAGGAGAGGGAGAGGGAAUGUGACACCGAGUUUCAGAGACCGCCCCUAGAGGAGAGUGGCAUCAUGGCUCUGGAGACCACGCCUCAGCAGAGUAAAGUAACAAACCCCAGGCCUGCUCCUGAGGACACCCCACUUCUCAUGGAGAUGAACGAAAGUGACAUGAUGUUAGAAACAUCCUUGUCUGACCAGAGCAAUUGAGUGCCUCCUGACCAAGACUUUCGGAACAUUUCCUUGCCUUGUAGUGGGCUGGUUGGUCUGAGCAGUACUUGUCCUGAGAGUAGACCAGCUAUAAAGCUGAAGACCCACAGAUACUGAGCCAUUCCUCCUGCACAACUUCUAGCAGUUAAGUGAUAAAUGAGUAACUGGGGAUUGAAUGAUCCUGUGGUCACCUGCUCGGUACAGGUUGAUCAUCAUAUCUUGCAAUGUUAAUCUGUCAAUUCAUUGUAUUAAAAUCUCAAAUAAC